AUGCUGACCUUGAUUCUGAGUCUGAUCCUGACCUCACCCCCUUCUGUGGGUCUCACUCCGUCUGGUUUGUCGUCUAUGGACUGCCGUCAUAACCAACUCGAUGAGUUAAGCAGCUAUCCCCUUUUCACCCCUCCUGCUUCGUCUGUUGCAGACCCUGAUUCUCUGCAGGGGGCGACCAUUGAAUCGGCCUGUCCUGACUCUCCCGCUUCCCCACCCUCCCCUGGCCAGGGCUUCCUUCAUAGCGCGUCUAAUCUUGGGUUGUUAGAUAAAUUUAAGUCAAGGGUUGGUCUUAAUAAAAAGAAAGUUAAUUGUAGUUAUGGUAAUAGUUCUAGCAGCAAUAAUAAUAUUAGUGACAUUAGUAAUAGCAAUGGUAAUAUCAAUAAGAAUGGACAUACACAUGGUACAAAGAUACAUAGUGAUAAUGGAAAGUUACAUAAUAGUAAUGAAACUGAUAUUAAUGACAAUGUUGAGUAUAUUGGCCAGGGUGUUCUCGCUGGUUGGGAAAAUAUCAGCGAGAUGGAAUUGGCGGUAGAUUCACAAAAACGGUCACACCCUGAUUCCGAUACUGUUGAUUUGGUUGACAGUAAUACUUUUGCUGUGCCUGAUGUGCCCACCCCCUCGCCCUUCUAAAAAGAAGCCGACUGUUGUUGUGUCCCGGGCACUUCUAGGCCCGUCGCUGUUGAGCAUGGCUCUGUCAAAAUUCCAAUUAAACACGAAUGGUAUCACAAACUCUGAUAAACGUGCAGGUCUCUUACAGUGGUUGCAGUCUCUUUCUGUGGUCUCUGAUGUUGUGUGCCUCCAGGAGAUAUAUUGUGUGAGUAGUGCUGAGUGUCUGUCUUGGUUUCGUUCUUCUGCUUUUCAAUCUGUUGUGUCUCCUGGUUCUCAGAAGUCAUGUUGCUGUGUUAUUCUCUUUCGCCCUUGUUUUUCCCGUCUCAUUCUCGUCGGAUGAGACCCGUCUGCGUUGCGUUUUGCGUUGUGUGAGUUUCGCUUUCAGGACAAAUUGUUUUGUGUUGUCUCUUUGUAUGCACCCAAUCGUAACCCUGCAAGAGACCAGUUUCUUGAUCAGGUUUCUUCUUGGGUCGACCCAGCAGUGCCCACUGUCAUAUGUGGCGAUUUCAACACGGUUCUUGAUAGUUUGCUUGACCGUACUGGGUCUGUAGUUUCUGAUACCUCCAGAGAGAGUACUUCUAUCCUCUCUCGUCUGUUUGAUGAUUGUUGCGUCAUUGAUAUCUGGCGGUAUUUGCAUCCCUCCUCCUUAGGUUAUACCUCGAUGCAUACGGAUGGCUCUGUCUUCUCUCGUAUUGAUCUCGUUGGUUGUCCUUAUGUGUGGGUGCCCUCCGUCUCGUCGUGUGAAAUUGUUCCAUGCCCCUUCUCUGACCAUUGUGCUCUCGUUUUGUGUGUCACUGUUCCGGAUGUUGUCCCCGUGGGUCCUAGGUUGUGCAAACUGAACGCCUCUAUCCUGGACAAGUUGGAUUAUGUCCGUCAAAUUGAAGAUCUUUAAUCCUGCUGGCCUGACCAGAAGGAGCGUUUCCCCUCCUUUGCUAAGUGGUGGGGGGCGGACAAGUCCCGCAUUAAGGGCCUCUCUAUUAAUUACUGGUGUGCUAAGUCAUCGGACAAUGCUUUGAAGAGAGACCUUCUUUCUAGGCUUGCUUCGCACCUUAAAGAACGCGUUGAUAGUCGUAUUUUAUCUCUGGUGGGGCCGUACCAGUCCAUACUACAGCAGCUGCUUUGGACGUGGAGGUCGCGAAGGGGUUCCAAAUUCGUGCGUGGGCAGACUGGAUUGAGGAGGGCGAAUCCUUCAGCUCUUACUUCUUCCACCUCGAAAAGAAGCAUAGGACCGACCAUUGGAUUGCCGCUGUGCAGAACGAUGAUGGUCAGAUUGUAGCGUCUCCUGAGGGUCUUUGUUUAUCGUUCUCUGCCUUCUAUUCGUCUCUCUUUACUGCCGAGCCUACAGAUGCUAAUGCACAGGAGUCCCCUCUUAGCAAAAUUGAGUCCUUGCUGCCCGUCCAGUCGGAGUCUUGCGAUGGUUUGUCGGUCCUGGAAUGUCUCGAAGCAUUGUCUGGUAUGGCUAAGCGCAAGGCUCCGGCCUUGCACGGUCUCCCAGCUGAGUUUUAUCUCAAAUUUUGGCAUGUGCUUGGGCAGGAUCUUGUUGAUGUCCUUAAUUCUUGUUAUGCUGCUGCAUCCUUGACCCUCUCUCAACAUCGGGGGAUUAUUUCUUUGUCUUUCAAAAAGGGUGACCAAUUAGAUAUGCGGAACUGGUGUCCCAUAUCUCUUUUGAAUGUUGACUAUAAACUUGCUGCGCGGGCUAUUGCUGCUAGACUGCUGAAAGUCAUCCAUCUGGUGGUUGCUGAGGAGCAGACCUGUGGAGUCCCAGGAAGAUGUAUUGGGGAGAAUGUUACCUUUCUCCGCGAUGUGGUUUCCUAUGCCACCAUGUUUGACUCCCCAGUUGCAAUCUUGUCUUUGGAUCAGGAAAAGGCCUUUGAUAGAGUGGAUUGGUCCUUUAUGUAUGCCACUCUCGGUAAAAUAGGGUUUGGCACUUCCGUUCUCCAGUGGGUCAACCUGUUUUAUACUGGCGUUCAAAGUUCCGUUAAUGUAAAUGGUCAUCUGUCUCCUUUCCUUUCUUUGUCUCGUGGCGUCCGUCAGGGCUGCCCUUUGUCUCCUCUUCUUGUUGCUGAAGUGCUCGCGUGUAACAUUCGUGCCAAUCCACGCAUCAAAGGCCUUUGUCUCCCCGAAUCAUCUGACCCUUUAUCACCAAUUUCUCAGUAUGCUGAUGACACAUCGCUGGUCGUGUGUUCUGAUGAUGCCAUUCGUGCUUGUUUUAAUGUCUAUGAGGUGUAUGAGCGAGGUUCUGGCUUCAGGCUUAAUCUCUCCAAGGCCAAAGGUCUUUGGCUUGGGCCUUGGGCCAAUUGUUCUGACCCGCCGGUUGGCCUUGAGUGGUCAUCAGUAAAAAUUUAG